AUGUCAAUUCAAUCAUUUACUCGUCGACGUUAUUCUGCUAUUGUUUUCACUGUUUUUUCAUUCUUAUUUCUUUUAUAUUUUUUUAUUGAUUUAAAUGAACCAAAAGGUAAGAGUGAUACUGAUCGAAUAAGAAAUUUAUUAUCAACUGCUGAAAGCAAAUCAUUUUGUUCGGAACGAUCAGUUCGACGAGGAUUUAAUCAACAUGUUUUAAGUGUAUCUGCUUAUGAAUCAAAUGAUCGUAUUGAAUUAAAAACAAAUCUUACAUGGAAUUAUAUUAAAGAAUUUGUUUCUGAAGCAAAAAGAUUUUAUCCAACAUGGGUUGUACGUGUUUAUUAUUAUAAUUUAAAAGAUAAAACACAAAAUGAUAUUGAAACAUUAGAAAAAUUAUAUGAUAAUCUUGAUUUUUGUAAUACAGAAAAUUUGCCUGUAUUAGGUAAUUUAAAAAAUAAACUACCUGGUAAAGUGCAACGCUUUCUACCUGCUGUUGAUCCACUUGUUGGUGUAGCGAUGGUUCGUGAUCUUGAUUCGGAAAUAUUUGAACGUGAAGUUCAAGCUGUUAAUGAAUGGUUAUCAAAAACAACAUACGCAUUUCAUAUACUGCGUGACCAUUAUAUGCAUGGUAUUCCAAUGCUUGGUGGAAUGUGGGGUAUUGCAUCAAAUCGUUUAUCAAUCAAUGAUCGGUUAACAAUUGCCAAUGCUCUUUUACCGUCAGAUAAUGAAAAUGAUAUACAACGAUUUUUAAAAACUUAUUCAGGUUCAGGUGAUCAAUUAUUUCUAGAACAUCAUAUAUGGCCACUUGCUCGUCAAAAUUCUAUUGCUCAUGAUUCAUUUUCUUGUUUAUGGUCAUAUUAUGUUUAUCGAACAGAUACUCGUCCUUUUCCAAGUAAACGUGAACAUCCAACAUGUUUUGUUGGUUGUCCAAAACCAUGUUGUACUACUGAAAUGAAAAGCAUGAUCGAUCUAUCUCGAUACAAAAAAUGUCCAUCUAUGUGUCGUCCAAAAGAACAUCAAGAUUGGCUAUUUUGUUAA